GGGCGGAAGGAACUCGUCACCGCCUCAAGGGUUGGGCCCCAAAGGCCUUCAACCUUCUCCACUCGUGGUGGGACAGAGGCGGAGGAGAAGGGUGGGACGGAAGCUCUUCCGUGGUCACAUGGCGAAGGCACCGUCGGGCGGCGCCCGGAGGUCGAGAUGGAGUUGGAGAAGGUCCCGGUGGCUCCGGAGCUGCCGACUCUGCUGAAGUCCUACAGAUGGAGGACCGCGGCCCCUCCGGGACUGCGGCGCUGGAGACGUUCCCACAGCCACCGCGAGGCUCAGGGACCUCCUGGAAGGGUCACCUCCAGCCUGGGGCCACCCAAGGCCACCACCCGCCGGUCCCUCUUCCAAAGGGCCUUUUCGGCCCCAUCCAAAGGGCCCAAAGAGAGCCGAGAGCUCCAGGGGGGAAGGACCACCCUCCAGAGGGACCUGCGCGCCGUGGCCACCAGGAGGGACCACCCCGAGGGCGGUGGCCGUGGGGAGGACCACCACCGGGGAGGAGUGCCGCCAUCGCUCUCCGUCUCUCCCGACGCCGUCUGCGAUGUCUCCAAUGUGGCGCUGGUGGAGGGGCAUCUGCUGCUCCUGGACGAGGUGCGGCGCAGUGGGAGGAACCGCAGCCACCGACGCCACUCCGUCAGAGAGGAAAGAAGUCCCCGCGGUGCCUCGAGAAGCUCCGAAGAGGAGACCUCUUCCACCUCGCAGUUCAGCAACGUCAAAGGCUUAUGGUGGAAGAGGCUCCGGGAACACAGAGGUCGUGGUGGCCUCCAAGCUGAGACGCCAACGGUGACGGUCACCAACAGCGAGAGCCGGAGCGCCUCGCGGGAGUCGCUGACGGCACCGCCGACCGCGGCCGCGUUGGACCUCACCGGGGACGACGUCAUCGUCCGUCCGCUGCACGGCAGCGUCGUGGGAGAGAAGUUCUGCUUCCAGGUGGUGACGGGGGGCGGCAGCCGCGCCUUCGGGUGCUCCUCCUUGGCCGAACGCGACCGCUGGAUCGAGAACCUGCGGAGAACCGCGCGGCCCAACAAGGACAACUGUGAGCGCCUGGAGCUGACGCUGAGCCUUUGGGUCUACGAAGCGCGAGACCUUCCUCCCGGGCGCCGCCUCCGCUGCCACCUCCACUUGGACGGUGUCCUCUUCGCCCGCACCACCGCCAAAGCGGCCAACGCCGACGGUGACCUCUUCUGGGGGGAACUCUUCCAGUUGGCCGCUCUGCCGCCCGCCCGCGCCCUCGCCCUCACCCUUUGCCACGACGACCGCUCCGCUCAACCGUUGGCGUCGGUCACCGUCCCUCUGGAUGAGUUGGCGGCCGCCCGGCAGCCCUCGGAGCGUUGGUACGCGUUGAGCGGCGCCGGUGGAGGCGCGCGGGCGCCGUCGGUGAGGGUGCGCGGCCGCUACGGUGCGGUGCGCGUUCUGCCCAUCGUGCGCUACAAAGAGUUGGCCGAGUUCAUCACCUUCCGGUACCGGGAGCUGUGUGCCCGGCUGGAGCCCACCAUCGCCCUCCGGCACAAGGAGGAGUUGGCCGGAACGCUCGUCCGAGUCCUGCAGAGCACCGGGAAAGCCAAGUCCUUCCUCAUCGACCUCGGGGUGGCCGAGUUGGACCGCUUCGAUGAGCGGGAGGCGCUGAUCUUCCGCGAGAACACGUUGGCCACCAAAGCCAUCGAGGAGUACAUGAAGCUGGUGGGGGGCAAAUACCUCCAGGACACACUGGGGGAGGUGGUGGCCCAGCUGUGCACCUCAGGUGAUGGUUGGGAGGUGGAUCCCAACAAAUGCCUCAGCCUCGACCUCCGCGACAACCGGAAGAACCUGCGCCGCGUCUGCGAGGAGACCUUCCAGCGCAUCGCCGCGUCCGGCGACGCCUUCCCGGCAGAGCUGGGCGAGGUCUUCUCCGCGUGGCACGCGGCGUGCCGGGCGCGGGGGAAGGCGCCCAUCGGGCAGCGCUUGGUCUCGGCCUCCCUCUUCUUGCGGUUCCUCUGCCCGGCCAUCAUGUCCCCGAGCCUCUUCGGCCUCGUCCAGGAGUACCCAAGCGAGGCCACCGCCCGGACCCUCACCCUCGUGGCAAAGGUCAUCCAGAACUUGGCCAACUUCACCACGUUUGGGGAGAAAGAGCCCUACAUGGGCUUCAUGAACGAGUUCUUGGAGCACAACUGGAGCGCCAUGACGGCCUUCCUCCAGCGCGUGGCCAACCCCGAGAGCAGCGUCCACGUGGUCACCUACGAUGGCUACGUGGACCUGGCCCUGGAGCUCGCCACCCUGCACCUCCUCCUCGCCGACAUCUUCUCCGGUUUGGAGCAGAGCACCCAAGAGGACCUGGAGCCGCUCCCCACCAUCCUCACCGCCAUCACGGAGGGGAACCCCAUCCCCGUCUCCGUCCAGCUCAGCGCCACCACGGAGAGAAGCUCAGCCGACGCCUUCCAACCCAUCUUUGUGCCACCGCGAGAGCUGAAGAAGCUCAACCCUCUCCUCAAGAGCCAAUCCCUCAUCAGCAUCCGCCGCGCCCGUGAAGACGGCCCAGAACCAUCUCCACCCGCGCUCCCACCCAACCGCGACCGCCGCAACGUCCAUCGCACGCAGAGCGUUCCGGCGCAGAGCAGAGCCGCGCGGCGCCCGCCCGGGCCGAGCCGCGCCGAGCACCGCCCGGAUCCGUCGGCCGAGGACAACCCGGAGUCCUUCAUCCCUCAGGGUGGCGGGGAGCUGCGGGCGUCGGCGUCGCUGCCGAGGAAGCCGACGGUGCCGUGGCAGCGCUACGCGGACGAGGCGGUGGCCGAAGACGGAGACCUCUACGCCAUUCGCCCGUUGGAGAAGCACCGGCGGCUGCUCGAGGCGGUGAGGAAGGAGGCGGCGGAGAACCGGGAGAAGCUGAGGGUGGUGGAGACGCGGCUGUGGGAGAUGGAGGAGCAGCACCGGGAGGAUCUGCAGCGGCUGCGGCGGCAGCUGGAGGAGAACAACGCCCGCGUGGACAACAUGGGAGCCAGGUUGGCGGCGUCUGAGGACACCAGGAAGAAAGACCUGGAGAGGCUGAAGAAGAGCGAGGAGAAGAGCCGCGAGCUGGAGAGACGGCUCUCGGCGCUGGAGAAGGAGCAGGUGGAGCUGCGUGGUGCCUUCAGCCAAGCUUUGGGCCACCCCGCCAGGAUGGGCCACCGACCGCCAACACGAGGUUGGGAUGAAGGUGGUGACGACGCUCCGGCCACCAGCGUGUGACCGCUUGUCCUGAUGUCCCCAACGCGUCCCUACAGCGCUCCCCAUCUCCAGGGUCUUCCCACGGGGGGUUGAGCGCGGUCUGGUGGGUUGUCCUCUCGCCGGGCAAGAAACGGUGUCACCACCACAAGGUUCUUGGUUGUCUCCUGCCACCUCUCGGGGCUCCGUCCUCUGUCCCAUCGUGUCCCCAACACCCGAUGUGGUGACAGGGGUGACAGGACCACGGGGACACCAUCGUGGGGACCGUCACGGUGGUGGUGGGGAUGGCAGAGCCGUGGGGACCUGGGGAUGAUCCACCUGGGGAGGUGACAGAGCCAUGGGGACCCUUGGGGACACUUCGGGGAGGGCGGGGACAUGGGGACACUGAGGACAGAGCCAUGGGGACACUUUGGAACAGGGCAUGGGGACACUUUGAGGAUGACACAGCCAUGGGGACAUGAGGUCCCCUCCAUGGGGACACUUUGGGGACGUCACAGCCAGGGGGACACUCAGGACGGGGCCAUGGGGACACUGUGGGGACGUCACAGCCAUGGGGACACUCAGGAUGGGGACAUGGGGACACUUUGGGGACGUCACAGCCAUGGGGACACUCACGAUGGGGCCAUGGGGACCCUUUGGGGAUGUCACAGCCAUGGGGACACUCAGGAUGGGGCCAUGGGGACACUUUGGGGAUGUCACAGCCAUGGGGACACUCACAAUGGGGCCAUGGGGACACUUUGGGGACGUCACAGCCAUGGGGACACUUUGGGACAGGGCCAUGGGGACACUUUGAGGAUGAUGAGGCCAUGGGGACACUCAGGUCCCCUCCAUGGGGACCCUUUGGGGAUGUCACAGCCAUGGGGACACGAGGUCCCCUCCCCGGUGUCACCCGGGGGAGCGCAGGGCCAUAGGACCCCG